CUGACGGUCUCAAGUGUUCAAAAGAAAAAACAAAAAACAAAGGAAGAAAUUGCAGUGGAUCGAACCCGAACUCGCUUGAGGGGGACUUCUCUUUCUUCGCCCAAACCCUACUCUCUGAGUCUGCUCAGGGUUUUACAGAGCUGAAUGAUCUGGUUGCGAUUGUGAAGAAGGAGAUUCACAGAAAGAUAGAAAUGGCAAGCCAAGCAGCUGUUUCUUUUAGUGGCAACGUGAAGAAAGCACUUGCUGGGCUGAGACGUAUAAAUCUGGAAGGUCUGCGUUGGAGGGUAUUUGAUGCCAAAGGCCAGGUCCUUGGAAGAUUGGCAUCCCAAAUAUCUACUGUGAUUCAGGGGAAGGAUAAGCCAACAUACGCUCCAAAUCGUGAUGAUGGGGAUAUGUGUAUUGUGCUUAAUGCAAAGGAUGUCUGUGUCACUGGAAGGAAACUCACAGACAAGUUUUAUCGUUGGCAUACUGGGUAUGUGGGCCACCUCAAGGAAAGGAGUUUAAAGGACCAGCUAGCUAAAGAUCCUACAGAAGUUAUCCGCAAAGCUGUUUUGCGCAUGCUUCCAAGAAACAAAUUGCGUGAUGAUAGAGAUCGAAAACUGAGGAUAUUUGCUGAUGGUGAGCACCCCUUUGGUGAUAGGCCCCUUGAACAAUACAUCAUGCCUCCUCGAAGAGUUCGGGAAAUGCGACCACGUGCAAGGCGUGCACUGAUUCGAGCUCAGAAAAAGGCUGAACUGCAACAAGAGAGUGCUAAUGAGACUAGAAAAGGUAAACGGAAAGAAGUCAAAGCCUACGUGAGUACGUAAAGAAUAAAUUGGAGUUUAUUGGCAUACCUGAGGGCCCAUAAAUGCGGACAUGGAUCAGCUCUUGUUUGGAAGGACAGUCAAUAUGUUUGGUUCGUCAAAUUCUUUCAUAGUUGGUUAGAAUUCUAAUUAAAUGGUUUUAUUGAGGUGUCAAAACCUAGAGCACCAUAAGGAAGAUGGCGACCAAUUGACCCUGGGUUUUCCCAGU